GGAACAAUAAGAAAAUUGUGCUCACCUCAAAUAAGAGUGACCAUAACCACAUCUUAACAGGAAAUUUACCACAGAACAAGAAGACACCAAAUAGUGGAUAUUUAAUUUUUGAGAUAGAGCCUCUAGUGUUGAAGUUAUGAACAGUGUGACAAAUUACCCCGCUCUCCCCUAUUUCAAGGCAAUCUCCCGGCGCACUCUGUGGUUUCACUGUUUUGUUGCAUAGCCCUCAAACUUUAUUAUGAAUAAUCGUCAUACACGGAUCCUAGUUUGGGUUGUUCGUCUGACGUCAUCCAAGUUGCUGCCAGCCAAACACCCUUUGUACCCGAAUUAACCCGUGCAAAAUAAGCUGUUAUGAUACACGGAUUGCUUCAAAGUCUGUUGCAAUAAAUGUUUAACAGCUUCUCGUGACCUCACUCUUCGGGCGGGGCCGCACAUUUCAGAUAGUCGUCGAGACCUAUACGUCAAUACUUUAUGUUGUGUGGCCACAAGUACGUCCAUACAUCAAAAAUGUCUCCGAUAAAGGACUUCAGUCUGACUUAUGAAGCUCUCAAUGAAGAGGACACCUUUUCUGACGGAGAUACUGUAACCGGCACAGUCGCUUUCGCUUUGACAAAAGAGACCAAAGUGAAGAGUCUUUUCGUGAAAGUCAAAGGGGACGCGAACGUGCACUGGACAGAGGGAAGUGGCGAUGACGAGAGAUCGUACAGUGCGCACAGGAGAUACUUCAAACUCAAAGAAUACUUAGUUGCAGAAAAGGAUAAAGGCGCUGUACUUUCCCAAGGAUUUCAUUGCUAUAAGUUCAGGUUUAAUAUCCCACAGGGGGACAUGCCGUCAUCCUUCAAGGGGUUUCAUGGAAAAAUUGUCUACACGCUUGAAGCAAAGAUGGUCAGGAGCUGGCGGCGGACCUCGGGAGUACAAAAGGAGCUCAAUUUUGUGACAAAAUCCUUUCCACACCCUGGCCAAGCAAUGUGUCCCCAGUCUGGUUCAGUGGAUAAAGAGAUGGGGGUAUUCUCCAAAGGACAGGUCCAAAUGUCUGCUACUGUUAACAGAAAGGUUUGCACUCCAGGUGACACUUUAUCUGUUGUUGCCAAAAUCUGCAACUCCUCGUCCAAAGAAAUGAGGCCAAAAUUCAGUCUACAGCAGAAAACGGUGUACCGCGCCAGUGGCUCCACUAAUACCAGUGACAAAAGUCUUAUCAAAAUUGUUGGGGACACUAUCAAACUGAACUCAGAGGAAACUGUCUCCUGCCAAGUGAAGAUUCCUGCCGAUGUCAUUUACACUCUCAAUAAUUGUGAAAUCCUCUCAGUUGACUAUUACCUCAAGGUGUAUUUGGACAUCAAGUUUGCCAUUGACCCAAAGGUGGUGUUUCCACUGGUCAUCGCUCCUUCUAGCUUUGCUACCCUUCAUCCUGGUGAGGCUGUGGGGCCUUACCCAGCUGGGGCCCCAAGUUACAGCGACUUCCCUCCACCUGCCUUCCCUGUUGGACCUUAUCCUGUACCCGCAGGCCCAGGUGCUUAUGGAUACCCAGUACCAGAUCCCACUCAACCUGCAAACACAACAAGUGGCUAUAAUAGUCAGUGGCCACAACAAGCUGCUCCAUAUGGUUUUCCAACUACAGCUUUCCCAUCAUCUUCAGUGCAGCAUCAAGCCCCUACUGCUCCACCUCUGAUUCAGCAGGAAGAAGAACUUCCAACCUAUACGUCGCUUUUCCCCCCUUCUCAUUAUGACACUUUCGGUAGAACUGGGUCAGAUCCCAAAAGCUGAGCUUCCAGAAGAACUCAAAUAAUCUUGAAAUACUGACAGAUGAUGACUGUAUUUGCUGUAUUACUAAGUAUUUAUUUUAUUAUUAUUUACUGUAUUCGGGCGAAUACAGUUAGCCUACUGAAAAAUAUUUCAUAUGUACAAAGUGUGUAUGAAUGAAGUACCAACAUGACCUGUGUUCACUUACUUUUAAAAUUCAAAUGUUUAUUCCUACAAGGCACAGCACAGCACACUAUUGUAUGGCAUUAACCUAACUAGUUUCCUUCUCUAUGCAAGCUUAAAGUUGACCAAGGUGGAAACCAACGGAUAUGGUUUUCAGUGAUAAACAAAACCAUAAAUGAGAACAAGUUGCUGUUGCAGACAAAAAGGGGAACUAUUUUGUUAUUUUUAUUGUUGGCUGUGAAAUGUUCAAUUUAUUGAAAUAAAAACUGAAAUUUCAUUCUA